AAGAAGAGUACAGCCAUUCUUCGCGAGAAGAAAUGUCUGCACACUCUGACCACCGCCGAGACCUCUCCCUUCUUCAUACAACUCUUGUGCACAUUUCAAGACGACGAGCGGCUCUUUUUUGUGAUGAAUUUCGCCAAAAACGGCGAAUUACUGUCGCUUAUCAACAACCGGGAGGUCUUCGACGAGAACUGUUCCCGAUUUUAUUCGGCGGAAAUCCUCUUAGCGUUAGAGCAUUUGCAUCGCUUAGGGAUUGUCCACAGAGAUUUAAAGCCCGAGAAUAUACUGCUGAACGAGAGAAUGCAUAUUCAAGUCACCGAUUUUGGAUCCGCUCUCAUAUUGAGCGAUAGGGAGAGCGGCGGCGAACAGGUGUCGUCGGCGCCCAACCCCAUGGCCUCCACGGGCGACGACCAGAACCACCGGCAGCGGAGGAACUCAUUCGUGGGAACCGCUCACUACGUGUCGCCCGAGAUGUUGAACAACAAGUUGUCGUCCGAGGCGUCAGACCUGUGGGCUUUCGCCUGCAUUCUCUACCAAAUGAUAUGCGGGUCGACGCCAUUCAAAGCCGCCAACGAGUACCUGAUUUUCCAGAAGAUUAUUAACUUGGAGUACGAGUUCACCGACGAGUUCAGCGAUUCGGCCAAAAGUCUGAUCCGAAAUAUACUGCAGAAGAAUGCGAGCGAACGGCUGGGCGCUAACGAUGACGUCCAACGCGACGGCUAUAUAUCUAUAAAAUCAGAUCCCUUUUUCGCCCCCUUGGCUACCAUGUGGUCGCAGAUCCAUGAGAUGACUCCUCCCGUGUCGGACGCCUUCACGAACACUACGCUCAACGAGAACCACACGAAGAGUGUGUCCGAGAAUGUGGAGCCGGGUUUGGCUGAGAAACAGAUCACACGAAUCAUGGGUUUAGCGCUUCACGAGGACUACGAUAAGAGUGCCGCGAAUCCGAAGCAAGGGAUUCUCGACAUACCGGCGCCGGAGAUGAUUAAAAGGCUGGAAACGCAACGAAAGAGCAACGAAUACCAUAAGUUCGUCGACGACCAGCUCAUCCUAAAGCAGGGAAUCAUCGAAAAGAAAAAGGGAUUAUUCGCGCGAAAGCGGAUGUUCCUGUUGACUACGGGUCCGCACCUGUAUUACGUGGACACCGUCAAUAUGGUGCUCAAAGGACAGGUGCCCUUCUCGAAGGACAUGCGACCGGAAGCCAAGAACUUUAGAAAUUUUUUCAUUCAUACACCCAACAGGUCUUACAUACUGGAGGACACGACGGGCAACGCCCCGGAAUGGUGUCGUGUGGUCGAGGAGGUGCGCGACCACACGUACGGCCCGCCAUCCGAUGAGAGCCCCCCGAACACCAACCCCCGUAUAUGUAACUCAAAUGUAUCCCUUCGUAAGAUUAGUAUAAAUAAUAAGAAAAUCAGAUAAUAUUAACUUAUAUUAGACUAGAAGUCAUAUAUAUUUAGAUUAAAUUCAAUUAUAACUUAAAUCAAUGAAUGCAUCGAUUUAUAUAUACAGAUGUUUUAUGUAUGUAUAAACAAAAGGCGAUUAGUUUUAUAUAUUCUUGUUAUAAAUAAGUUAUAUUUGGGAUCACAAAUAAUUAUUGCAAACAUAACUGAAUUUUUUUAGUUUAUUUUUGUUUAUUUGGAAAGCAAUUUGGAUAAUAAUUUUAUAGAUAUUUACUUAUCAUAUAUACCUAUCGAUACAUUGUUUUUUUUAUAAAAUCCACUCCAUUGUAGCCAAUUGUCAGACGACACCCCUUUCCCCCAUGAUUUGCGAACCAUAUAUAUAUAUUCCCACUCAUAUUCAGCCCAACCCUUCUCUGCCCUCCUCUGCCAGAGCCUCUCAUUAGUGAACUGAUUGACCGCUAAAUUGUACGGAAAUGCCGGCAAAAGAGUGUUUUUACGGAAAUUCAAAACGUUUCGAGUCUUAACUUAUUUUGCAUUCAAUAUGUCUUUUAUAGAGUUUUCUCUUCCUUUCAGUGAGAAAUGUAUUGAAUUUCUAAAUGCAAUCGAGUUUUACAGCGAAUUGUGAAACUGAGAGCACAAACUUUAAUAUAUUUGUAGACAUUUUUUGAUUAUAAUUUAUGAAUACAAAACUAUACAAACAUGAGAUUUACCGGUUGUAAGAGGAAUGAGACUUUUGUUUCCAUACCCUUAAACUCUCAAUCGAUGAUUUAUGCUUUAGAUUAAUUACCGGUAAUAACAAAAUAACGAUAAAUAGAUAUAUAUUUUGUUGUGUUUUCGAGUAAAUUGUUGUCAGAAACUGGUGAUGAGACGGAC